GUAUACUGAUAAGACCCUUUUUUUUCUUCCCUCUAAGCUGUAUACAGGUGGACCUGCAAUUGAGGGAAGGACAAUGAAAAUUGAGGAUUGAUACAAACAUGCCAAAAUAUAUGGUUGACAAGGCGAAGGCAAAUAGAAAAAUAUAAAUAAAACUCUAGCCAUCUCUAUAUUCUUCUGCUUCUCUGUUGCUUAUGUAAAUGAUCAUGAAUUGUAGGAAGGUUUUCCACUCAAUAAUGCAAAGUGCAUAGAAUCUACAUAGAUUAAGCCCAUUCAUGAAUGAUUACAACAACCACACAUGUCAACAUAUAAUAUUCAACCUGAUCACUAUUUUCUUAGCUUUCAAAUCCUAUUAUCCUCCUUGAUUUUCGCUGUCAGUGGAUGAAACCUCAAGUUUCCAACUUGGUUCCGGUUGAUGAAAUAUGAGCUGUUCAGAUCACGCGUAGUGCUCUAACACUUUAUAUUUCUCUGUCCCGAAACUGAUCCCCUCCCGCCUCUUGAUCUCCACUUCUAUGUGGGUUUUGGAGUCAAAGCUUGUAGUUGGAAAUAUGGCAAAGAAUGGUGAAGACCCUCCAGCAUCCGCAGGAUCAAUUCUGGAGAACGUGUGGGCGAGCUUUAUUGGUGGGGAUGGAGCGUGUGGGGGAACAAGAUUAUACACAGCAGAAAUGUCCAGAUCCUGGGAAGAACUACCUUGUCUUGGUGGGAAAGAUGGCUCGAUGGAAACUAAUCUACAACGGCUACCGAGUCUAGGAAGAUGGAUAUCAAUGGGAGCCGAGACCUGGGAAGAGCUCCUCCAUGGUGUUAUCCCUGCAAGCGAUAUGGAACUGUCCUGUAACGAGAAUUUACAGAGCAAUGGAGCCGCGAGUUCGUGCUUACAGAAGACUAAUGCCAGAGCAGAAAAAGUGGUUGCACGCCACUACCGGGGAGUAAGGCGGCGGCCCUGGGGGAAGUAUGCUGCGGAGAUUAGAGACUCUUCAAGAAAAGGAGCUCGACUUUGGCUUGGGACUUUUGACACUGCAGAAGAAGCAGCUUUGGCCUAUGACAAGGCGGCUUUGAGAAUUAGAGGGCGCAAGGCAUUUCUUAACUUCCCACUUGAGACGGUUGCUAAGGCUUUAGGACUUGAUAACUCUGGAAAUGAUGUGAACUGUCCUUCCUUAACGAAUCAAGGAGAGAACCCAUAUUGCACCUUUCUUGGGUGCAAUACUGAGAAAGUCUGCAAUCCUCGAAAGAGGGCAUUGAGAGAGUGGGAAGAAGAUACUGACAUGAUGAUUGAACAACCCUCGUUGAAGAAAACAACGAGCAUGGAAAAGAUACCUGAGAAUCAAUUUGGUGUUCUUGAGUUUCAGGACCUUGGGAGUGAUUACUUGGACAGUUUGCUGUCUUCUUUUUGACAAAAUGAUGGAUGAGAUACGCACGGACAAUGCUAGGAGAACGGAAAGAUUAAUCUGAGUUACUGAUAUGUUUGUAGAACGCAUGUAUAUGCAUCUAGAUGACAUUGUUUGCAGUAUGGAAUUUACAAAUAGGGAAUUAGAUGGUCUGGAUUAUCUGUACUUAGGGAUCCAUCUACUAAAUUAUUGUUGUUCAUAGACUAGCAUUGUCGAGCAGAACAGAACGAGUGUAAAUGCAUUACAUGACCCAACUUUUAAAUUAAAAUGCUUUUCAAUUUGGUCCAAACAUAAUUUUCUACAGCAUAGAUAUCUGUGGAAGAACAAACUAGGAUUAUAAUUAAAUGAGUGAUUUUAUAUUAGCUUAAAUUUUUGGGAUAAAUGUUAAUUUAACAUGGUAUAUAUAAUAACAGAGGAGAUGAAGUUCGAACCUGAUUCCAUUCUACCUUCCAUUUAAAAUCUCAAAAAUACCGUAUGUCAUGCUUCCAUUUGGAUGCACAAUUGCUAAGCAGCUCAACAUCUCUGGUUUUCAUUUUGUAUGGUGGGUUCAGAGCCAACA